AUGAAGAAGAUCCUGCAACCGAUCCAGAAGAUCCUGGACCCGACCAAGAUGGGCACAUGGAACGUGGUGCGUCGGCCCCCGAUCGACGAGCACACCGUCAUCCAGGGACGGCGCCGCGACCGGGAAUCGAAUGCCUUCAAGACACACCAGGUGUUAGAGGGGACGCGGUUACGCAAGGCCCUGAACUCCCUGACCCACGGCAAGAACAUCUUCGUCUAUCACAACAUGCGGACCAAUCAGGUGGUGUACUCGUUGACGAGAUAUUUGGAUAAAAACAGUGUCCUCCGCCAAUUGGUCUACCACGGCAAGAAGACGGUGCCGGCGACCCUGCGCAAAGACAUGUGGGUCCCCUACUACAGCGUGCACUUCACGAGCGCGCAGCUCGGCCUGCGGGCCUACCACCUGCUGCGCGAGUUCGCGAUGCAGCGGCAGCUGGCCCCGCCGCGCGAGAUGGUCACCAUCACGGAGGAGUGGCUGGCGCAGAAGCGGCCGCGCGACCCGCACAAGGCCGAGGAGUUCGACAAGGAGUGGGCCGACAAGAAGGGGUGGCUGAUGAAGCCCAAGGACCGUGCCCGCGUCGUCAUGAACCAGAAGGCCACCUCCGUCGCCGACGUCGCCGCCGUCCUCGACAUCCAGGCCGAGGAGAUCGCCAACGGCUUCGCCAGCGGCCAGCGCGGCUACCUCGGCAAGGCCGCUCGCCGCCGCCGCCGCCAGGCCCGCAUCAAGGAGGCCGCCGUCGCCGCCCGCCAGGCCGCCCGCGUCGCCGACUUCGAGAAGGUCCUGAGCAAGCCCCAGAUCGACUACAAGAUCCAGGAGGUCGUCGAGGACGAUCCCGCCACCGCCGCCCUGUUGCAGGCCGAGAACGGCGUCAAGAUCCUCUGGACCGAUCUCCACGAUGCCCAGUUCGCCGCCCAGUGGCCCGACCGCGUCCGCCACGGCGAGUUGGAUCUCACCCGCGACCAUGUCAUGCCCGGCCAGAAGCGCAUCCACACCGGCGACAUCGAGAUCCUGGCCGACAACGCCUUCAAGGAGAAGGGCGUCGAGGCCGAGGCCGAGGCCGUCCCUGAGAAGAACUAA